AUGCCUGGACAAAUCAUCUGCAAUGCAGGCAAGUGUACGCGUCAAGGCACUACAAAACGCGUUGUGCCAGACCCCCGAAAAGGGACACUCUCCCUUGAGCAGCGCGACGACUUGCUCCAUUUCUGCUGGAGGGAGCGUGGACAGGCAGAGACGGAGGAGGCGGAAGAAGAUCUCAUCAUCUUUCCUGAAGAUGCGACGCUCGAGCGUGUCCCCGUGGAUAAGAUGACGCUUGUGCGGGAGGAUGGCGAGGAGGUGGGUGAGGCGGAUAGGGAGAAGAAUACAAGAAUCUAUGCAUUGCGCUUCAAGAGCAGCGACCAGGUGAGCUUCUACUGGAUGCAGUCUGGGGACGGGAGCAAGGACGACGAUGUUGUUGCGAGGGUGAAUGCGAUCAUUGGAGAGGAGCAGGAAGAGGAGGAGGAAGAGGGAGACAGGAUGGAGCAGUAG